UUUCCAUCGUAUUCAUACCAGAAGCGUAAAGUAAACUGGUCGUAGUCUCACUAGUGAGUUGUAUGAGUAGAAGGCUAUGUGCUGUCACAGUUUGAUAUUGAAGAAUUUGUCUGGCCAGGCACUAAAAGUAACAGUUGUCUGAUAGCCGCAGAAGAGCGGCAGGAUCGUCCGAAGGCUCUCUCGUUGGGACCAGCGCCCGCAGGAAAGCCGUAGGCGUAGGCGCACGCACGUGUUCGUUUAUUCUUCUGUUUGCUCGGUGCGAGGUGGACUCUACCACUGAGACAGAGAGUGUGAGAGUGCUGGUCUAACUGUUAGACUUGCUGUGAUUGAAGCUGGAUACCCUGUGUGGCCUGUGACAUGUCGCAUGCACUGCAGUAGGCCUACUAGUAGCAAGCACAGCGCCAAGAAGGAGUCACUAACUACUUAUCUUGGCCGGCGCGGCGAUACUGCGGCAAAGGAGGACGUUCUAGCACCCAUUCUGGCAACCUCUGAAUGAGUGUCUGGAGCCGAAGGAUAGGUGGUGCAAGUGCUAGGACUUGAUGCAGAUACAGCACAUGUGAUUCUCCAGCCAAGCAAGUUUGAAGUGGCUCAAAACGAUGAACGCUCAGUCGUCCCGGUGGCCACCGAGCCACCUUGAGCCCCGAUGGCCAGCUCGCCAGCACAGAGCGUCCAGGGUGCCCACACUGCACACAGAGUCUACAGACCAAUCCAACACAUGGGAUUCCACUGAGACGGAAUAUACACUUGAACAUAGUGACGAACAGCAGAAACGGCCGUGUCUGGGUUCACCGCGCAGUACGCUUCUCUUGAUGUUGCUGGCCUGUUUGCUGCUGGGCACGACUGCAUCAAUGCUGAUGACGCACACAUAUUCGUUCUACUGCCUGUUCGAGCACCGCAUUCCCAUCACCUACUGCUAUAAGCACACGAAUGUGACACUGAUUCCACGUCCGUAUCUACAGACGGCAAUCUACUUCAGUUUGUCGGCUUUUGACAGUGCUGUGCUGGUGGUCAUCCUUCUAGUACUUGCCAAGUACCACAGUGAUCCCAGCAAGACGGCCAGCCACCUCGACAUACUGCCCCUCAAAAUAAUCUGGCGCAAUGUCCACCUCACACGCAAGUUCUGGACACAGCUGUUCUUGGUCGCCUGUGGUGCUUCGUUCAACGUCUACACGGCGUACUUCCGCCUCCAGCCCAAGGAGACCAGCUCGCCGUUGAACGUGUACGUCGAGAACGUCUUUGCGCAGCGCUGGUUCUACACGGCCGGCCUCGUCGAGAAGCUGCUCCUCUUCGUCGUCAUGUGCAUGUGCAACUACGCGCGGCCGAGCCCCACUGCACCACACUUGACGCGCUGCGUAUACUACCUGGUGAUGACCUACUUGUCGGUCAGUAACAGUCUGAUCUCGCUCAACUUCACCUACCAUCUGACAUUCAAGGUGGUGCCCGGGUACACCAAGAGCAUUAUCCACCAGCAGCCGGCCAUCACGCACGCCAUGAAGGUGGAGCGCGUCGCCAACAUGGUCCACUUCAUCAUGAUGGUCGUGAACACCAUGCUGCGCGCCUCCUACUGGAGCUUCUUCGCUAGCAAACUGUUCGAGCCGAGCAGGGACUUCUUCCACACCGUACACCACCCGAUACCGGUGGCCGAGCGGGUUCAAGAGCACCAGGACAGCGAGCCCGGCCUACCGGUGUUCAGGCAUCCCUCAACACUCCCACCGCCGCUGGCGCCCAUCGAGGAAUAGGUCCGGCUAGCGAACACUGGAGACACUUAGCUGAUCGUGUUUUACCUGGAAAGGCCCACACCACCUCUCCUAGCUGUACGUAUAGCUAUCAUGCGAGCAUAGCAUAACGAUUUUGAGUUGCUUUCUCCACCCGCCAGCCCAGAUCUCUAGUGACGGUAGAGGUCCUGACUGCACUUGAGCUUAUACACACGGUUUGCUUGCAUCUGGGUAAUGUGUAACCUCUUUCUGGCGCUUUGCUACCUCUCCACAUUCUAUGUAAGUACCGGUAUGUAUUAUACACUGUACUGUAUGUACAGUAGUAGUAGUCAUGUUGAUAUGGAUGCUCUCUAUAGAUAUGAUAGGGGCAAGUGGAAUAUGAAACAAUGUGGGUUUGCUCACGGGAUACUACAGUGGAGUACCCAUUCCAGUUUCCGUAAUAGGGAGGAAGCCAGUUGACACAUGUCUGCGUAUGGCAUCGCUGCAUAGACUCGGGGAGCAGGCCAAGGCUGCAAUUGGAAUCGUGUAAUCAUUUGAAAAGAUAACAAAUCACAUACGACUUUUAAAAUUCCUUUUCUUGCACAGUAUUGAAAUACACAUCAUUUUGAGUACUGCUGUAUGUGCACAUUGUGCGUCCCUGGAUGCUGCAACUCAUGCCGGCCGGGCUUGCACUGCUGCUUUGCUUACUAAAAACAGUGUCAAUAGGAUUAUUAGGCCAAAACAAAAAAUAGGCUUGUUUCCGGUCGGCAACCCCUCAAAAAGGAGACUCGGUCGGCCGGAAUGAAACUUUUUUUGGAUACUUUUUUUUGGUUCCUCAAUCGUUGUGGUAUUGAUGGACAAGAGCACCUACACAUGUACAUUGUACAUAUAUCAUGGCAAGGAUCAAUGUCAAAGUUGACUGACUCACUGUUCUUGUACAGCAUGUGGUGUAUUCCUGUUUUCGUACAUCCUGAGAAAUCAAGCAAACAGUUCGAGUCCUUCUAACUCCGUUAUUAUAGCUCGUAUGAACCCCGGAGGUUUUCGAGCCGACAGCGGAGAAUCUCUGCUACCUUGUAGGUGUUUCGAUUGUGGAAUUCGGUUGAGAUUUGACUGAGUUAUGACUCGUUAAGUGCACCAUUGCCACCGUUUGUAUACAUUUCGGCCCAAAAAAAAGUUUCAGAAUUUGGGAAAAAGUGGCCCGGUCGGCCGACCGGAAACAAGGUCAUUAUUUGUUUUG